CCAAUACACUUUUUUUUUAAAUUUGGUUAGAGAGGGGUGUGUGUGAGGGAGAGUGUUUGAAGUGGCACUUCAAAGUGUGUACGGUGGGAAAUGCAGACAUAGUGUUUGAUAUGCUCACUCAAACAAACAAGCAUACACACAUAUUUAUCACCAUUUGCAAUGCAUGCAAGUGUAGCAAGUGAUGAAAAGAGUUUGUUCACUUGUUCACUCAAUUUUGCUGUUUCAGUCUCUUCCCUACAUAAUAAUGCCUGCAGGAGCUAGUGCUUUAUUUUUUCUUUUCUUUUCUUGCAUCACCCUUUUUCUCUUCCAUCCUAUCACUGUUUUUCCUGCAAAGAAAACGUAAAGGAAACGCCUCUGUGCUUCCUCUCUCUCUCUCUCUCUCUCACUCUAAACAUCACCCUUUAUUCAUUCACAUUCAAAUUAUCUACUUUUUACUCAUAGCUUCAAAGGGGAAGCUGCUUCUACAAGCCAAGUAUUUGGUCCCUUCUCUUGUUUUUCUCUUUCUUUCAUAGAGCUUAGCUCCUUGCCAUUUUUCACUUUAUUUUUGAGGCUCCAUCUGAAGCCAUGAAGGAGAGGAACAAAGGUGUGGAAGCUUACGCCAAUGACAUGGAUUGCUACUACUACUCCACCUCUGAACUCCCAUGUAAGAAACACCCUUCUUCUUCUUCUGUUGGUAUAUGCGCUUAUUGUCUCAAGGACCGUUUGGUUAAGCUUGUGUGUUCUGACUGUGGAGAGCAAAGGCUUUCUUCUUGUUCUUGCUCUGAUGAGAUGACCUCCCACCGAAAUUCGUGCACUGUUGAGGUGGGAAGCGUUGGAAGGGUAUCUUUUCUCAUUGAGAAUGAGAAGCAUGAGACUCCGGUUCUUCAGCAUUUGAAUCCCAACAAGGCCAAAGAUAAGGAGGAGGAGGUUGUGGUGUUGAGGAGGAGCAGCAGCAGCUGUGUUGAGAUCAAGAGGCAUGGUGGGUUUUGGAGAAUUGGGAAGUUGUUUAGGAAGAAAAAGGAGAAGGAUUGUGGGAGAAGUGUUGUUGGGUUUGAUGAUAGGAACGAGAUGUGGAUGGUGGAUCAAGGGGGUGUGUCUAGGUCCAGGUCACUAUGCAGCUUCAGAGGGGGAGGGCUAUUUGGAUCUGAGGAUGGUGGGGAUUCAGUGCUGUCAGGUGCCAGAAGCUCAAUUUCUGCAGCAAGGAGUUCUGGGGUUAAUGGGGGUUUGAUGUUGGAAUCUGGGAGAAGAAGUGGAUACAGUGAAGCUGAGCCAAGAAGAAGUGGUUUUGAUGGGGAGAGGAGGGAUUUCUUGUUUGAUUAUGAAAGUGGCAAUGAUCUCAGUCUCAAGGGUGGUGGGAAGAAGAUGGAUGGCGAUGCAGGGUUCUAUGGGGCAAAUAGGCGUGUGUUUUCACUGAGGGAGAGUGAUUUCAAAGGCAUGGAUGAGUCUAGCUUUAUUGACUUGAAGCUUGAUUACUCAGCAGAAUCCAAGCAUGAGUUUUCUGCUGCAAAGAUGAGCAACCUUGGUGAUGCCUUCUCUUCUUUUAGAGGUGGCAAUUUCAUGGCACAUGAUGGGGGAGGUUCUUAUGGGGGCAUGGUAGGGGAUGGAGUUUUAACCAAUGGAGGGUCAUGUAGAAUCACUGUGAAUGACAGAGGAAUCAAAAGGGGAAGGAAAAGCAUGAAGGGUUGGAGGUGGAUUUUCAGAUACCAUUCAAAUUGGGGAAGCUCAAGGAAAAGAGAUGAACAUUUUAUGUUCAAAGCCUGAUAUAGUAAGUAGCAUCAUCAAAUACAUAUGAAAAGAAAAGACAUCUUCCUGGUAGCUUCAUAAGGGUAGUCUUAGUCUCUGGUUUAAAUUGUCUGUAGUUUGGUCAUUAGCCAUUAUCUUUCAUGUGUACUAAUGUUUUUUCAGUAAAUGAGGAAACUUCAUACUUCUUGUGAA